CUUUGUCUCUCACUUAAACAAAGGGAAAAAAAAUCUCACGUUUCUCUCUCUUCCUCUCUCUGCAAAUCCCGAUUAGGGUUUUUCAGAAUCUUCAAUCUCGCGAUCCAUUCUUGUUUCCUUUUGUCUGUUUGCUCGUCAGAAUCCUCUCGAAGCCAUGAUUUCGGAUUCGAUCACCAAUGCUUCUGCAACUGCAGCCCCCAGCGGGAGGGAUUUCUGCAAGAAGAAGAGGGCCAACCGGUCGGCUAAAUUGAAGCAGUGCAAGCUUGAUGCCCGUCGUGAGCAAUGGCUUUCUCAAGUUGCUGCGAAGAAUAAGGAAUGUAAGGAGGAGAUGAACGUCAAUCGAAGAACUGGGAGUGAAAUUACUGAUGAAAUCGAGAGAGACAAAAGCCCAAUGGAGAAUUUAGAUAGGGGGCGUAGGGAAGAGGAUAAUGGUGGAACAUUCCACCAUGAGAGUUUUAUUGACUCACCUUCCAAUAGCUCCACCAGUAGUAUCCUGGAUGGUACAGAUUCAUGCCCUAAUUUCAGUGGCAGCAGCAGCAUCAGGAGCAGCAGUAGCACUAGUAGUCAAAGCGGUUGCUUUUGCUCAGGUAGUAUUACCGAGGAGGAAGAUGGGGAUGACGACGGGUGUUUGGAUGACUGGGAGGCUGUUGCUGAUGCUUUAGCCGCCAAUGACAAGCAUGAAAAAGAAAACCCUCCUGAGUUGUGCAAAGAGCAUGUGACUUUCGGGCAACCUGCUUCUACAUGGGAUCCGAUUUGUAGGUUUGCUCCAGACAAUGUUUCAGGUGUCGGUGUUAUGGUGGAUGGAAAGCAAGAUUGCCAGAAAUCGAUGUCGAGGAUGCGAAAGAGCAACCGGGCGUGGCGUCCCGAUGAUGAGCUGCGUCCUCAGAUCUUGCCUAAUUUGUCAAAGCAGCGUAGUUUUCCAGUCAUGGACAUGCAUUAUAGUUCUGUGGCAACACCAUCAUCAUGUCCCAUAUGCUAUGAGGAUCUGGACUUAACAGAUUCAAACUUUUUACCAUGUCCUUGCGGAUUCCGGCUCUGCCUUUUCUGUCACAAGACGAUAUGCGAUGGGGAUGGGCGUUGUCCUGGUUGCAGAAAACCAUAUUGUCAGGAUGCAAUCAUGGCUGAGGCUAGUGUCCAUGGAGGUGGUCUGACGAUUCGGUUGGCUCGUUCAUCUAGCAUGUUUUCCAGGUCAUAGAGAGGGAGUGCCUUUCCAUGAAUUGUCUGACUCUCUGUCUCUCUCUCUUUACCGCAUGUAUUGCAUUCUUCAUUUGUCGUAGAAUCUGGUUCUAUAGUUUAGAUGUGGGUAUAGGAUUGUCUUUUGGCACUCAGGGGACUUUGAGCUUUGGUCUAUGUCACAUUGACUCCUCUUAUUCUUCUUCUUAUUCUUGGUGUAAAGCAUGUGGUGAUGUAGAGUGGUGUGUGAAUACAUAAGGUGGUACAGAAAUUCAAACAAGUAAAGUUCCGAUAAGUUAUCUCUAUAUUCACUCAAUGUCUCCAAGGACCUCUGCUUCUCUGAAGUUAUUUAUAUACGGCUGCAUUUCCCUGUUUUAUCUCA